AUGGCUACUUACUCGCCAGGCUGCUGGCAAGCAAUUGCUCAAACUAAACAGCAGGCUAUCCUCAACUUGAUCCCGGAGAAAUGGAGGAUCUCAACUCCUCUCCCAGCUCCUGCCGAGCUGCGAGACUGCACAGGUGGCUACAUACAACAAUAUCUGACACCCCGGGAAGUUGAGAUCACAGAGGCAGAUGCCGUGUCUAUCACCCAACAAACAACUACGGGUGCGUGGACCUCAGUCGAGGUCACCGAGGCAUUCUGCCACAGAGCGGCUGUUGCCCAUCAGAUGGUCAAUUGUCUUCAUGAGAUAUUCUUUGACGAGGCACUUGCUGCCGCCAAGGCAUUGGAUGCAUACUUUGUAACGAACGGCAAGCCCUUGGGCCCUUUGCACGGCCUUCCAGUAAGUUUGAAAGACCAGUUUCAUAUCAAAGGAGUCGAAACAACUAUGGGAUACGUUGGGUGGAUCGGGACCUUCGAAGGCAAGAAAGAUGACCCCCGAGUAGGCACUUUCGAAAGUGAGUUGGUCAUGGAACUCCGAGGUCUCGGGGCGGUGCUAUUUUGCAAAACUAGUGUCCCCACUACAUUGAUGGCCGGAGAGACAGCCAACAACAUCAUUGGUUACACUUCGAACCCCAAAAACCGCCAUCUUUCCAGCGGAGGAAGUUCCGGCGGCGAAGGCGCGUUGAUUGCACUACGAGGGUUGCCCGCAGGUUUUGGUACGGAUAUUGGAGGCAGCAUCCGGGUACCAGCUUCUUUUAAUGGUAUCUUUGGUCUGCGUCCAUCAGGUGGAAGAUUACCUUACGAAGGCGUCGCAAACUCUAUGGACGGGCAAAACACCAUUUUGUCCGUGGUUGGACCAAUGGCAACCACUGCUCGCUCUUUCAAAAUUGCUUUUCAAAGCAAGCAAGGUCCUUGGAAUCAUGACCCCCUGGUCCAUGAGAUACCAUGGCGGAGCUCAGUUGAGAGUAACUUCCUGAGCAUCGUCAACGAAAGUCCUCCUUCGCUCACUUUUGCCUUUUUACAUCAUGGUGGUGUGGUCCGGCCUGAUCCUCCGGUGAGCAGAGCUGUUAGGUCAAUUGAAGAGAUGUUGAGACGACAGGGCCAUCAAGUAAGUGGAUAUUGCUUGUUUGAGAUUUGCGCAACGCCGUGUUGUAUGAAUGUUGACGUGACAAAGGUUGUAGACUGGUGUCCACCUUCGCACAAUAUCGCGCAUGCUAUAGCAAAAGAGGCAUUUCAAAUGGAUGGUGGAGAGGACGUUCUCCACGAUCUUGCUUUAUCAGGCGAGCCACAACUACCACAAUGUUUUGUGGCAAAGACCACCCACAUGACUGCUGUUCAGAUCUCCGAUUUGAAUAUCAGAAAGCGUCGGUAUCAAAAAGCCUACUUGGACUAUUGGAAUUCGACUUCGGAGUUGACCCGGAGUGGACGUCCUGUCGAUGCGCUCAUAUGCGCCACAGCACCCCACGCAGCUGUGAUUCCAGGAUGCUUCCGGCAUGUAGGAUAUACCAGUUUUGUCAACGUUCUAGAUUGGACCAGUGCUGUAUUCCCUGUCACUCAUGCCGACAAAGACUCAGACCUGCUCACUCCAACCGCCUCAGCGGGCAAUCUCAAUGACCAGCACGAGAAUAUAACUCUCAAUUCCGACUAUAAUGCGUCAAUUUAUGAUGGCGCGCCAGUUGGUCUUCAAUUGAUUGGUCGACGCUUAGAAGAAGAGAAAGUUCUCUGUCUUACGGAGUAUGUUUCUAGAUUAUGGAACGAGCUACCCCAAGGAUCUUAG